AGGGUGUGAGGGAGCGAGGUAUUGACACAGCCGUGGACAAACAAGGCGGUCAAUUAUUAACCUGUUGCACAGCAGGCACCAGGAAACCCGAGCCGGCACCGUCAACCGAGUGGGGCGGACCCAGGCUCGAGGCCAGGAGCAUCAUAGCCGGCGCGCACCCACGCGGAUCGGGCCAUGGAGGCAGGUCCCAACGCCAAGAGGGGCGACAGCCCUGCACCCCCGGAGGACCUUCCAGCCGCAGAGGACACGUGCAGCCCCUCACAGCCAGCACUCCCGCAGCUCCCACGCCGCCCGCAGCUGCUGGAUGAAAACGCAAGGCCAGAUGAGGACCAGGCCACUGCCUGUGCAGAGGGGAGCGAGCCGGCACAGGGGGAAACAGAACCCACUUCCGCGUCGGGCGAGGCGGGGCCCGUGCCCAAGGCUACCGGCGGCACUGUGCCGCCCAUCGGCUUCGUGGGAGAGCCCCCACCCUAUGCUCCACCGGACCCCAAGGCUGUGGCGCUGCUCUACCCGCCCUUCCCGCAGGUGCCAGUGCUGUUCCAGCCCGCGCCAGGGCCCGCCGCACUCUACCCGCCACCGCCUGGCCCGCUCUUCCCACCCACAGCUGCCGCUGCCACCGGAGCCUCCUUUCCCUUUCCCGCGUAUGGUAGCCCCAUGGCAGGUGGGCCUGCCCCUGUGCAAGUGGAACACAGGCCUCUGCCCAAGGACUUCAUGAUGGAGUCAGUACUGGUGACCCUGUUCUGUUGCCUGCUCACAGGGCUUAUUGCCAUUGUCUACUCCCAUGAGACUCGAGCAGCCCUGGGCAGGGGUGACCUGGCACAGGCAGAGGAGGCUUCGAGGAAGGCCCGCUCACUGGUGCUCUUCAGCCUGCUCUUUGGGGUCUUUGUGUCUACCAGCUGGGUCAUCUAUGUGGUGGUGGCCCUCUACCUUCCCUGAGGCCCAGGACUUGCAGGCCAGGCUGUGCCCUUUCUGUGGCUAGCUGGUGCUCACACAGGGCAAAGGGGGAAGUGAUCUAUUAAGGCCUUGAGUGGGAUCCUAAUCUGAGGGACAAAGGCCUGGAAGUCUUCCUGGGAAGUCUUCACCUUCACUCCUAGAGAACACAGAAGACUAAAGUCCUCACUGUCUUCAGAGUCUUCCAGAGGACAUGGCAACCUUCAGCCCAGCUCAGGGAUCUGGCUCUAGUCAGUGCAUGCUCCUCUGGGAGAGUGGAGAGGAGAGCUCACUACCAUUUCUCUCCCUGGGAGUUC